AUGCUAGAACAUAUCUUACACAUCCGAGAGUUUAUCAAGAAGUCCAAAGACAUGGGACGUGAUGUUGCAACAGACAAGUUCUUCGACAGUGUUUCGUUCUGGCAACAAGCAUACGAACAGUCCGAAGCAGGCCAGAGCAAGUUGCAUGACCAGGUCUACGAGCUGCAGCAACGCAAUUCCAAUCUGUUGGCAAAAUUGCGAGCCAAAAACCCGGUAAAUGAGAACGAAGUCUCACAGACGAGCAAGCGCAAAGCACCCGCUGGGACGAAUGCGAAGAGCUCAAACGGGGCGAAGAAAAGGGCUAAGAUACCAGAUCAGAUGCAAAAGAGUAUUCCAUUGAUGAAUGAUGAUUCAAGUGGAGGGGAAGACGGCCUGUGUCUCAGCAGACAACUAUAUACCCUUCAAAAGGCCCUCCAAAAAAAGCCUAUGAAGGCCAGCUCUUUGGCCACCGCUGCUGUGAUCCUUUGCAAGUCUGCAGAGCAGGAACUCAUCCGUGCUGUUCAAGAGCAAAACAAAUUGACCCAAUCCAACCCUCCCAAUACCAACCAAGUCGCAGACAUCAACGAUGUUUUCAACGGCGCUACAAUUGCUUUUCACCUUGUGCAUCGAGGAUUGUAUAAAUUAUCAAGAAACGAAGAUGAAAGGCAGCAUCAAGGCCAGAUUAUCUACUAUCUGGUCGGGCUGUUCGAAUCAACCAUGACUGCCCUCACUCAGCAUUGCACUGCCAUCUCCAAACAGAAGCCCACCCCAGAAAAUACAGGUAAUUCAAGCGUGGCUUCAGGCUCAGCUUGUAAUCUAGGCAACCUACGAAACAAUACAAAAGAGAAAAGCUUAGAUACUGAGGACGGUACAGCCUCACACCUCGCAGACUUGCUCUGCACAAUGGCGCUAUCUCUCGACAUAUCCCGUACAGGAGACCAAAAAGUAAUGGAAGGAUUCGUAUCCCUCGUUCUUGAUCGCGUGGGCAAAAUGCUAGCUCUAUAUGCCUUCCAUGAUCUCCGACUACCAAUGAGCAUCAGUCCGAGAAUGACAUUCCCAGGAGGAUUGGAAGCAAUAGCAGACGAGAAUCUCAUGCCGGACGAUGCGCAACUCGAAGCAAAGUAUUUGGUUCGGCUUUUGGGGAGAAUGAUGGAUACCGGAUCUACAAAAUCAGUUGCCGAAGCAAAUGCUACGCGCAGCUUUGUCAAAAAUGCCAGGAAUCGUAUUCAGAAGACUCUUCUUCAAGCUGUCUUCGGACCUGAUGAUAAGUUGUUCUGGGAUGGUCUACAACGCCCGAAGACUCCGCCUUCCCAGGUUAUUGAUGCCAAAGAAACGAACCAGGAGGGUUUUGCGGAUUGGUUUACCCAGGAAUUGUGGCGGUUGGUGGGUUGGGAUAUGCUGAGGAGUGUCUUUGCUCCAAAGUAG